GCCCGGUGGCCGGGCGCCCGCCGAGAAGAGCGCCUCGCCCCUGCCCACCGCUGUGUUCCGGCCACCCGCACGGCUGCUCCCACCGGCUGGGCCGAGGCGCUGGACAUGGAUGCUGAGGAUGACCCCUUGUUGCAAGACGCUUGGCUCGAGGAGGAGGAGGAGGUUGCCUUUGGCCCCUGGAAGAGGAGUGAGGGUCCCCAGCUGUGUGGCAAAUGCCAGUGGAAUCCCAGGCCGCUGCCAACAAUGCUGUCGGUGUCUGGCUUUUGGAACGUGCUUGGCUGGGUCUUCACCAACCCAUGCUGCGCCGGUGUUAUCCUCUUCCUGGGCUGUGCCAUCCCCGCCGCCCUGGCCAUCGUCAUGUUCCUACACUACCCUACCCUGGAUAUCGACAUCUCCUACAACGCCUUUGAGAUCAGGAACCACGAGUCCUCGCAGCGCUUCGAUGCGCUCACCCUGGCCCUCAAGUCCCAGUUCGGCUCGUGGGGCCGGAACCGCCGGGACCUGGCCGAUUUCACCUCGGAGACCCUGCAGAGGCUGCUCUUUGAGCAGCUGCAGCAGCUCCACCCCAACGCCUCUCGGCUGGGCAGUGGGGCCAGACCAAAGCGCAGUGUGGUGCUUCCCACGGGAGGAGAGAGGACUAGCCCUGCUGGGCUCGAGGCCUGGCGGAGCCCGGUGAACCAAACCUCCCGCCUCGCCCGGGGCGCUCCGCACUGGGACUACUCCAGCACCUACGUCAGCGCCAACACCCAGACACACGCCCACUGGCGCAUCGAACUCAUUUUCCUGGCCCGAGGGGACGCCGAGAACAACAUCUUCACCUCCGAGCGCCUGCUCACCAUCCAUGAGAUAGAGCGGAAGAUCAUGGACCACCCCCGCUUCCGGGAGUUCUGCUGGAAGCCCCACGAGGUCCUGAAGGAUCUUCCUUUGGGCUCCUACUCCUACUGCUCCCCUCCCAGCUCCCUCAUGACAUACUUCUUCCCCACCGAACGAGGAGGCAAGAUCUACUACGAUGGCAUGGGGCAGGACCUGGCUGACAUCCAAGGGUCCCUGGAGUUGGCCAUGACCCACCCCGAGUUCUACUGGUAUGUGGAUGAGGGGCUGUCGGCAGAGAACAUGAAGAGCUCCCUCCUCCGCAGCGAGAUCCUUUUCGGGGCCCCUCUGCCCAACUAUUACUCAGUGGAGGACAGGUGGGACGAGCAGCGCAGCAAGUUUCAGAGCUUCGUGGUCACCUACGUGGCCAUGCUGGCCAAGCAGUCCACCAGCAAAGUGCAGGUGCUGUAUGGUGGGACGGAUUUAUUUGACUAUGAAGUGAGGAGGACUUUCAGUAACGACAUGCUGCUGGCCUUCAUCAGCAGUAGCUGCAUAGCGGUCUUGGUCUAUAUCCUCACCUCUUGCUCGGUGUUCCUGUCUUUCUUUGGCCUGGCCAGCAUCGGGCUGAGCUGCCUGGUGGCGCUGUUCCUGUACCACGUGGUGUUCGGGGUCCAGUACCUGGGCAUCCUCAAUGGCGUGGCUGCCUUUGUCAUCGUGGGGAUCGGUGUCGAUGACGUCUUUGUCUUCAUAAACACCUACCGCCAAGCCACCCACCUGAAGGACCUGCAGCUGCGCAUGAUCCACACCAUCCAGACGGCAGGAAAGGCCACCUUCUUCACCUCCUUGACCACGGCCGCGGCCUACGCCGCCAACAUCUUCUCGCAGAUCCCGGCCGUGCACGACUUUGGUCUCUUCAUGUCACUGAUUGUGUCCUGCUGCUGGGUGGCCGUGCUGUUCACCAUGCCAGCUGCCCUUGGAAUAUGGACCCUCUACGUGUCUCCACUGGAAAGCUCCUGUCAGACCAGCUGCAGUCAGAAGUGUGGGAGGACGAGCACCUUGCCCAUUGCUGAUGACCUGUUACUUGCCUCCGAGGAUGCUGCCAGUCCAGGCCAGGGGCCGCUCUCGUACCUCGAUGAUGACAUCCCACUGCUCAGCGUGGAGGAGGAGCCAGUGGCUCUGGAAAUGGGGGAUGUGCCCUUGGUGUCGGCGCUGCCGGAGAACUUGCAGCUUCCGGCCGAGAAGGUCAGGAAGGGUCACUUGAUCGCCCAUCUGCAGGAGCUCCUCCAGCACUGGGCGCUGUGGUCUGCGGGGAAGAGCAGAUGGGUGAUUGUGGGGCUCUUUGUCAUGGUCCUGAUCCUAUCCAUAUUCUUCGCUAGCCGCCUCCGCCCAGCUAGCCGCGCUCCUCUCCUGUUCCGGCCCGACACCAACAUCCAGGUGCUCCUGGACCUCAAGUACAACCUGAGUGCCGAGGGCAUCUCCUGCGUCACCUGCUCAGGUUUGUUUCAGGAAAAGCCCCACAAUCUGCAGAGCAAUAUCCGAACCUCCUUGGAGAAGAAGAAAUGGGGCUCGGGGCCCCCUUGGGUGAGCAGAGGGGGCACGGCUGAUGCUGUGCAGCAGGAUCCCCAGGGGACUGUGUAUGUCUCCAAGUCCAAAGGCCAGGGCAGGCCAACCAUCUACAGGUUCUCCCUCAACGCCAGCGUUCCUGCCUCGUGGCAGAUGGUGUCCCCGGGAGAUGGGGAAGUUCCCUCGUUCCAGGUGUAUAGAGUUCCUUUCGGUAACUUCACCAAGAAGCUGACAGCUUGUGUGUCCACAGUAGGGCUGCUUCAGCAGAUGAGCCCCCGGAAAUGGAUGAUGACCACCUUAUCCUGCAAUGCCAAGAGAGGCUGGAAGUUCGACUUCAGUUUCUACGUCGCGGCCAAGGAGCAGCAGCGAACGCGGAAGCUGUAUUUCGCCCAGUCGCACAAGCCCCCUUACCAUGGCCGAGUGUGCAUAGCACCCCCUGGCUGUCUUCUCAGCUCUAGCCCGGACGGACCCAACAAAGGCUUCCUUUAUGUGCCCAGCGAGAAGGCGUCCCCCAAGGCGAAGCUCUCGGCCACCUCGGGCUUUAACCCAUGUGGGAAUGCCGGCUGUGGGAAGCCGGCAGUGCGGCCACUGGUGGACACGGGGGCCAUGGUGUUUGUGGUGUUCGGCAUCCGCGGGGUGAAUCACACCCGACACCCGGAUAACCACGUCAUCGGAGACAUGGGCAGCGUUAUCUAUGAUGACAGCUUUGACCUCUUCAAAGAGAUUGGCAACCUGUGCCUCAUCUGCAAGGCCAUUGCCGGCAAUGCUGAACUGGUGAAGCCAGGAGGGGCCCAGUGCCUGCCCUCAGGCUACAGCAUCUCCUCCUUUCUGCAGAUGCUGCACCCUGAGUGUAAGAACCUCCCUGAGCCGAACCUGCUCCCCGGGCAGCUCUCCCACGGGGCGGUGGGGGUGAAGGAUGGCAAGGUGCAGUGGAUCUCCAUGGCUUUUGAAUCGACGACCUACAAGGGCAAGUCUUCCUUCCAGACCUACUCCGACUACCUGAAAUGGGAGACUUUCUUGCAGCAGCAGCUCCAGCUCUUCCCUGACAGCUCCGCUCUCCGGCACGGGUUCCAGACCUGCGAGCACUGGAAGCAAAUCUUCAUGGAGAUCAUAGGUGUGCAGAGCGCCCUGUAUGGUCUCCUCCUCUCGCUGGUUAUCUGCGUGGCUGCAGUCGCCGUGUUCACCACCCACCUUCUCCUCCUGCUGCCCGUGCUGCUCAGCAUUUUAGGGGUCGUCUGCCUGGUGGUGACCAUCAUGUAUUGGUCCGGCUGGGAAAUGGGAGCCGUGGAGGCGAUUUCUCUCUCCAUCCUUGUCGGCUCCUCCGUCGAUUACUGUGUGCACCUGGUGGAGGGCUACCUGCUGGCAGGGGAGAACUUGCCCCUUCAGCAGGCCGAAGAUGCCACCUCCUGCCGCCAGUGGAGGACGAUCGAAGCUGUCCGGCACGUGGGCGUGGCCAUCGUCUCCAGCGCUGUCACCACGGUGAUCGCCACUGUCCCGCUCUUCUUCUGCAUCAUCGCCCCCUUUGCCAAAUUCGGGAAGAUUGUGGCCCUCAACACGGGCGUCUCCAUCCUGUACACCCUGACUGUGAGCACUGCCCUGCUGGGCGUCCUGGGGCCCAGCACCUUCACCCGCAGCAGGACUUCCUUCCUCAAGGCUCUGGUGGGGGUUCUCCUGGUCGGCAUCCUGGGGCUGUGCGUCUGCCUGGCCCUGCUCCAGAGUGGCGUGAAGAUCCCCCUCCCCAAUGGGACAUCCCUGUAGUCCCCACGCCGGGCUGCCUCCGUCUCUCUUUCUCCCUAUUUUUUUAAAAGGAUAUUUUUUUGUAAAAAUGAAAAAAAAAUCCCUUUUUCCGGAUGUUUUUUCAACUCCAGAGGCACUUUAUUUUCUACUGGGUUUUGCUCUAAACUCGUAUUUAUUUUGGUGGUGAUAGAUGGACAGACUGACAGUGUACCAGGGCCUCAGUAACUCAUGGCCUCCUCCUCCUUGUUCGUUAAUGAAUGGAGGGUUCGGAGACCCUGGCACCCACCCCCUGUAGGACAUCCCUGUGAUGUACGCGCCACCACAGACAUUCCGCUUAGGCCUUCAAAAUAGGACUUAAGGGAGAGGCAGGCCUUGGGAGUUUCAUCUCCUGGGCCUGAUCCUUGGCUGGGGUAAUCUGUCUGCUGAUUUACGUCCGCAGAGGGUCGAGGGGGUUUUUGGGGCGCUGGAGAAAGUCUGUUGAGGCUGUCCAAGGGUCAGUGAUUCCCAAGGAAACUCCUGCUGCCACUGGUCUGUGCCCCAGCUUGUGGGGAUCUAGAGGGUGGGCUGUCGUGGGAGUUCUUGGCUGAACUUGCUUGUUGCUUUGGGGUUAUGCCUGUCUGGUUUGGCUGAUGCAACUGCUGAUGUGUCCUUUUCGGGUGCAGUCCCAGAGCCGAGAGCUCAGCGGGGUUUAGGGGUCCCUUUUCCUGAGCGUGUUGUGUGCUGGGAAUGCGUUUGCCUGAUACUUUAUGGGCAUGUUCUCCUGCCCUGGCACUAAGGUGAAGCCCUAAGGUACAAGCAGGCACCUCUGUGCCCCAGGUUCAUUUUGUCAAGUGAGCUGCUCCAGGGGGCACUGGCAUGGGGUCGGUGGCAGGUAGCAUCUUCCCCUCUUCACUGGGGGCACUGCGGAGCUCGCCUCCACUGUUCUGAACCCAGCUCUAACGGAUGAGCCGGUGCUCCCGUCUCCCUCCUGGGGCAGAGACCCUCCACAACUCUGUGCAGUGAGUGUGUGGGCAUAUUUACAGUCAGCAAUGCAGCCACUGCUCUGUCUCUCUCCCAUCCCAGCAGCCGGGCUAAGGCAGUAACAGCAGCCAGCCCCCACGGUUCCUACCGCUCAUCCCCUGUGUCUCGGUAUGUGUAACACCUUCCCCUGCCACCGCCCCUGGGAAGAGAACACUGGGCAUUCAACCCCACCGCACAGACCUCUGCCACUGGCAGCAAAGAUGCACAUAGCCCUUGUCCCAUUGAUAAACGGGUGGGGGGCUCAUCUUAUGUGCUUUGGUGCUGCUGCUGGCUUGGAGCAGAUGGUUUAUAUUAAAGUAGAAUGAAAUUGCAAAGUGGCGCCAUUAUCGAGUACAUUUUAGGCAUCACUGAUUCCAUCAUACUCUUAAAAUGGAAAUAACGAAGUGUGGGCAUUGAUCUGUGGCACAUCUGUUCCCCGGCAGAAGGGGCGUGGGACAGGCCCAGUGGGAUCAGCAUUAAACAUUAUUUACCAGGAGACGCGGCAGCAGGAGUGGGGCUGGGGUCAUCAUUUGUUUGCAGAUCCUGAAUCCCCAGUGGAUUCGGGUUUGCUAUCUGGAUUGAACGGCCCCUUUUAAAACAUGUAAGCGCCUAGUGGGAUUCGAUCUCUCCAUCCCCCUUUCGCUGCCUGGGCUGGUGACCACAUCACUGAGCUCAGCAGCUCCUUCUGCUCGGGUUUGUGUCCCCAGCUCAGGUCCCUGGCGGAGUCCAUGGUAAAUUCACUUUGUGCGUUUAUUGGUGCCUUUUGAGGUGCAGGAUUUUCGCUGGGAAACCGGAUUUAGGACCAGACCUUACCAGGGUGUUUGGCUUCUGUUGGCUUGAAUGAGAGCUGGAGGAGGGCUCAGCGCUCCUCUCCUUGCAGGACUGGGCCCUUCAUCCCUUUCACUCCCUGUAAAUUCAGCUACCAGAUUGUCUCUUGUGCCGCUUAGGAGGGACCUGCAUGCUCAGAGGAAGCCCAGCUCUGAACGCAGCCUGUCAGUGGUCCUGAGGCCAGGGGAAGUUAGGAGCAACUCUACUGCCGACAGAGAAGUCACGCUGGUGUGAGAGCAGAAUCAGGCCCAGGGUUUUCCUUUUGUCCCUUCCUGCCACAGCUGCUUUGGCAUUCGAUGAAUCCUGGGCCCAUUAGUCAUUCCCUGUUAGCUCAGACUGCAGCGGGGGCAGGUUUUGUGUCUCUGACCUGCACUUCUCCAUGGGCCUGCAGAGCCCUACGUCCCCUGAUUUCCAAGCACCAGCUUGCUCUGAUGUCCCAACGUCGAGAUGAAUUAGCCAGCCCCCCAGCGGGGCCCUUGGUUUCACUGAGCACUGGAGGCUGGGGUACAGGGUGUGUGCCUGUGACACCGGCAGAGAGUGAGUGUAGAUGGAACCGAACAGCAUCACCAAAGCGAUGGCGGGUCUGACAGCAGGACUAGAACUGAGGAAAUGCUUCAGCCUCCUGAGGCUGAUUAAAGCCGCUGUUUGUUUGUUUCCAAGUCAACAGACCGAGAAGAGGAAAGGGGCCUGUGUGUGUGUGUGUGUAAUUGUGAGAGAGAGAGAGAGAAAAACAGAGAGCCCCUGGAGAGUCACUACCGCUGUGUGUGCUGGGAAGGAUUGGAGUGUCUGGGUUAGGACAGAGAUUUGUCUAGCCCUGCAAAGUGCGCAUUAGAGCGAAUGCGAGCCCAGGGGAUUCUUUAUUUUUUUUGCUGCAUAUACAAAGAUUUCUGGUGUAAGUCCUUCCCCCUCCAGGUGGGGGGGCCGGGAACUGCAUGCUGGGAUCGCCAGCUCAGCCACUCCAGGGAGGCAAAACAGAGCAGCUGGAAACUUUUUAUAUCUCUUGAGGACACAUGGCAAACCCCCCAGGGCAACCCAGCACCUCACCAGAUUGGACCAACUCCCACUGUUGUUUGGGAGUUGGAGGCCACUCAGGACCUGGCAGGAUUAGGGGCUGUCCAUAAAUUAUGCAAUGCAUUAGGGGUGGGUGGGUAGGCACUUAACUUUGUGGGUUUGUUUCAGUGUCACAAAGGGCAGGCAGGUCUUGAAAAUGACCAAAACGAUGUGUGUAAUUAAUUUAUGGACAGCUCCUUGGGGCUCUCCUCCUGAGUGCUGGGGCCUGGCUGCAGAGAGGUUCCCAUUGUUUCUCUCUCCCCAUCCCAGCUCUAGUAGGGGAAUGGGGUUUGGCUAGUGUCAGGCGCAGGAUGUGAUGAUCUGCUUAUGGCUUUGGAAGGUGUUAGACAAGGAGGGGGAAAUGAGAGCAAAGAGCAGAAUAAGAUAGAAAGUGAGGAGACUGAGGCCCCAUUGUGCCAGGUGCUGCAUAAAUGCACAGUGAGAGGCAAAACCUACCACAGAGAGAUCCAUCUAUGGGGCAAGACCCAGCAUUGGCGGGGGGACGGGGCUGAGACACAAAGAGAUGAAAGUGACUUGCCCAAGGUCACCCAGCAGACCAGUGGCAGAGCCAGGAAUAUAAUACAGGUCUCCUGACUCCCAGGCCAGUGCUCCAUCCGCUAGAGCACACAGCUCCUAUCCUCUAAUCCUCCCCCACCCCCCGAAACUUGGGUGAUAUGACCAUUUAGCUUCACAUAUCAACCUGCUUUUAGCAGCUUUUCCUUUAGGGGCCCAGCUGCAACAUCCCAGCCACCUCUCUCUUUUAUCCAGCAGCGCCCUGGCCAUCAGCGCACCCGAAAGGAGAACAUGGCGGGACUUGAGUUUCAAAGGCUGAUGUCUCCUAGCAGCGCCCUGGCCGGGUCUCCCCCAAGGGCUGCCUGUAAAUAGCUGUCGGCUGCUCUCCCCUGCUGAUGACCCUGCCUGCUGGCUGCCUCUAGGAUGCACAGGUCACUGGGCUGAUGCCUCCUUUAGCAAAUACCACCCGGAAUGUGUAUAAUGGAGCAGGACCAAACCACCCUAUAGGUGCUUCAGACCCUCCACCUCUCCAAGCAUCUGAGGAGAGGGCCCCUCACUGGCAAAUGUGCACACUUGGCCCCAGGGAGCCAGGGUCUGCAUUGGCCUUAUCGCCUGUAACAACAACAGUCUCCAGAUUAGAAAAUGACCCAUUUGCUGGAGCAAAUGCAAAGGUGGGUCUGAUGCUGCCAUAGUGGGACUCGGAGCCCUGAAACAGCUGCUCAUAGCACUGGGAACCAAGAACCAGCUGGCAUGGUCCCAGCCCUUCAGCAGAUGCUGUGUCUAAAUCAGCCCCUCCCAACCCUCACCUGUCUCCCCUAAAUGGCUCCUCUGCAGCCUGCAUCUGCGAAGAGGCUCCGCUGGGGUCCUAUCCUUGUAAUCUCCUGGCUGGGAAAGUGUAGCCUAGUCUGGGUUCAUUUCUCUCAUGCUGCCCGACCGCCACACGAAUGAGGAGUCCCGUUGAAAUCGAUUAGAGCUGGGCGGGAAAUGGUUUUCCCAUCCUGCAAAACUUUGAGAUUUCCCACAUCCCAGGUGAGUGCCAAAGCCAGUGGGCUCCAGGGUCAGUCUCUCUCGGGGGUCCCAGGAAUACUGAAUCUCUUAGAAAGUGGAACAGCUCCAAGAGGAGCAGUUGAGAAAGCUCGGGGACUUGAACCUGGGUCUCCUAGGAUAAUUCCCUGACCACCAGCUGAUUGGCUAUUCUGCGGGGAGGGUCUCACUCACUCCAUCUCUCACCAGAAAUUCCCUCCUGGACCUGGGAAAUCUUUCCUGGUGAAACUGGCCUGUUCCUGCAAAAACUUGGUUUUGCCAAAUGGGCAUUUUCUGAUGCAACGCCAUUUUGUCUAAAAAAUUCCUGCCCGGCUCUAAACGCGAUAGGCAAGCUCUUGGCGUGGGUCACGGCACAAUGCAAGCAAGGGUGGUGGGGGCAAACCCUGAGAGCCCUCGGAAUAGCAGGGCGAAGGAGGGAACCUGUAUUGAACAGCACCGUGGUGUCAAAAGGCUGGGGGGCUAAGAUCAAGUGUAGUUCCUAUUGAUAUUGUCUGACCUAAUCAGGAUCCGGGCUGCGUGUGCUAGGCGCUGUACUAACACACAGAAAGACCCAAAUCCCUGCUCGGAAGGAUUCCAACAGGUUAGUCCGAUGCAAGCGUUCACACACAACACCUAUACCAACACACAAUGUUUGAACCCAAACCACUACUGAACAACCGCACCACAUAGGAAAAUGCAAACUGAUGCUGGACACACACAGCAGCAGUGCGCAGGCAAAGCCUGGCUUUCUGGGGUAAGCUGAUGCUGCAGGCUCAUUAACUCUGUCAUGGCUUUUAAACUACUUGAUUCCUAUACUAAGCCCUCAGAAGCCUGAGACUGAACUAUUUGUCAUGCAGCAUUGCCUGUGUUGCAUGGACUUGUGACUUCUGGUCCAGUGGCUGAGGAGCUGGGGAUUAGCUGGUUCAGGGGAUCAGUGAGAGAACGGGUUGGGAUUCCUGGUGGAACGAUUUUCACUGGAAAAUACUGAUCUGUCCAAGAUGAAAUGUUUCCUAGAAAUGUGGUUGUGGGGGUUUUUGACAAAAUUGUAUUAAAAAAAUAUCAAAAGGAGCCUUCUGCCACGGCACACAUAUUCUGUUUCAAUCAUUGCAGUCUGGACCAUUUUGAUUUUUCCGUUUCAAAGCAAUUUUUUAAUUUUGUAUAUGAUGUAAUACAAAAAAAACCUUAAGUCAUAAUUGGAACAAAACGUUUAGACAUUCCCGAAAUGAAACAUGUCCUUCGACCCAAAAUGAAUUUUUUUUUCAGAAUUUUGUUUUGCAGGAAAAUUUCAAAAUUGGGUGUGUUCAUUACUUUUUGGCCUGGAAAACACUUCCAAAGGCAUGGAGCCUCCUGUAACAUGGAAAACCCGGUUCCUCCCCAGCUGUAAGCAGGAGCCUCCCACCACUUGGCCGUAGGUGAGGAUCAAAGGGUGUUGCUAUUUGUUGUUGUUUGUAUUACAGCGGCAUGGCUGUACUGUGACAAUAUGAAUGUAACCGUUGUUUGUGCUACCAAGAGGCCCCGAGUCAGGUCAGGACCCCACCAUGCUAGGUGCUGUACGGACACACAGUAGGAGGCAGUCCCUGCCUCAAAGAGCUUACGAUCUAUGUUGAAUGGGGGAGGGGGAGAGGGGAAUCGAGGGCAGGUUCUACACUAGUGGCAAAGCUGGGAAUCGGAUCGUGAGCUCGCUCCUAGCCUGGUGCAUUGCCUGCACUGCCUCCCUUGAGUAACAUGCUGGUCUCUGUAAUGAGCUGAUGGGCUCAGCCCCGAUCCGGGUG